AUGGCCAGUACCAUAGGUAUUGUCUUCCAGCCAACCGCAAACAUUCUGCAUGUGUCUGUCGCACCGGCUAUGACUAGCCAACCGUCACUUACAUCGGACCAUCUGCAGCGUCUGUUCGGCCAUGCAGAUUCUCCGCCUCGUCCAGCUGCAUCCAUCUCAUCACACCCUCCCGUCCUUCGCCAGCCACCCGCGAACCAAGUUUGCGCAUUUCUUGAGGCGUCGCCAGAAACUGCUCGCAAAGUUGGCCUAGACCUGCAAGAGGCUGCCGAUACGAACUUUGCUUGUCUGUACCCGCUGGCACGACCCCGCCACCAAGCUUACGAACGCAUCGCCCAGCCAGCGUCUUUGCCGCCAGCCCUCAGUCUAUGGCUUCAUCUUCUGUUGAGUGGCUUGGCUUGUUGA